AUGCGAGUGGAAAGAUAUCUUCGCUUCCUUCUCCUACCCUUCACCCUUCCGGGAUCCUUCGGUGCUGGCCUGGAGGGGGCAAGGGAGAUGCAGAUGAAUAAAAGAAACCAAGAUACAGCUCAAAGUUCGAGAACCCCUCGGCAAGAGUUCCCGUCAGAUACAAAUAGUAUUAAUGGGUUACCAGAUGAAACUAACGAAGACUGGAAGAGUAUAUGGAUUAGAACAGGAACAGUACCAAACAGUAUCAGAGAUAUGCCAGAUCAUAGAUUGUUUGUGAGGUUUUCUAAUGGGAUUCAAAUCCGGCCAAAUGAUACUGUAACUACAGGACUGAUGUUGACCCCCCCGGAGCUAUUGUGGAGAACAGAACCUGGAUCUCUUUACACAAUUCUCCUGGUUAAUACUGAUAUAGAGGAUUCUCUCCAGGGUGGGAGGAGGUCUCCUGGUCGUAAGUUUGUAAACUGGAUGAUCUCGAAUGUUCCUCUUCUUGACCUUGACGCUGGAAAUGUUGUCUUUCCAUAUAUUCCCAGGAGGGAUAGAGUAGUACUUGCAAGAUAA